AGUCCGCUUCUAGGAACCUCGUAGAUGAACGGGAUCCAGUGGCUCGGAUCUAACACACGCCGACCUCCCACACAAGAAACAUGCAUCUCGGACAAAUGAGCAGAGAAAUAUAAAGCCAUCAACAAGUCGGUUUUCUUACAACCUGCUGUCUGAUUGGAAUAACAUCGUGGUUGGAAAUCUUUAGAGAUGAUGAAACCCAGCGAGCCCAGUGGAUCUGCUUUCCUGAAGGUCGAUCCCGCCUAUAUCCAACACUGGAAGCAGCUCUUCCCCCAGACCCAGCUGAAAGUCGGUUCGCUCACAGUGAUUCCCAACCAGCUCGACAGAGCUGGCCCGGCGAGCGACAGCCUCCGCCACCACUCGGGACCUCUCGCCUCCUCGGCGUCCUCCACCGCUUCCUCGGCCUCUUCUUCGGCGUGUUCCCUGUCUCUGUCCGGCCUCACCCCAGUUUCUGUGCCGCAGAUUUCCGUGUUGGGGCAGCUAGCGGCUUCCGAUCCACCCCCGGCGCUCAACGGCAAUCCGGGCAGUGAGCUGUGUUCACACGGGACAGAGAGGACGCCGAGAUUCUCCUUCUCCACGGAGGAUCUGGACUAUUAUUUGUACGGACAGCAGAGAAUGGAGAUCAUCCCUCUUAACAACCAUGGAACCGACCCCAAUAACCGCUGUGAUAUGUGUGCUGACAAUCGGAAUGGUGAAUGCCCAAUGCAUGGACCACUCCACUCACUGCGCCGUCUUGUCGGCACAAGCAGCAGUGCAGGCACCGCACCGCCUGAUGUGCCCUAUGGACUGCGGGAGCUGCCACGAGAGGUGUGCCUGUGUACCAGCACUGUGCCAGGCGUGGGUUAUGGCAUCUGUGCAGCCCAACGCAUCCCACAGGGAACCUGGCUUGGACCUUACCAGGGAGUUACCCUCUCAAGGGAAAAGGUGCAUAUGGGAGGUCUCAGGAACAGCCGCCAUCUCUGGGAGAUAUAUGAUCAGGAAGGAUCCCUACAACAUUUUAUUGAUGGCAGUGACCCCAACAAGUCAAAUUGGAUGAGGUAUAUCCGAUGUGCAAGACAUUGUGGAGAGCAGAACAUGACAGUUGUCCAGUACAGGUCCUGCAUCUUCUACAGAGCCUGUGAUGACAUCCCGAGAGGAGUGGAACUUUUGGUGUGGUACAAUGAUAGCUAUACGUCAUUCUUUGGGAUCCCAUUUCAGUGCGUUGCACAAGAUGACAACCUGAAUGUCCCAUCGACUCUUGCUGACGUAAUGACCAGGCAUGAGACGUUACAAUCAUUCAACAAGACUGGCAAGCUUCCACCGACAGGAAUCUACCGUUCACUGAGGUUCCCAGAGACAUCGUGCAGCAAAGCGCUGUCUGAUAAAGCAGGGCCACAUGAUUCCAUGGUCAACCACAUCAACGUGAAGAACCAGCGGGUACUGGCAAGUCCAACCUCCACCAGCCACUUAAGUGGAGAAUUCAGUGAUUGGCACCUCUGGAAGUGUGGGCAGUGCUUUAAGACCUUCACCCAACGAAUUCUGCUACAGAUGCAUGUGUGUCCACAGAACCCAGACAGGCCUUACCAAUGUGGACAUUGCUCUCAGUCCUUCUCCCAGCCUUCAGAGUUGAGGAAUCACGUAGUAACUCAUUCUAGUGACAGACCUUUUAAAUGUGGGUACUGUGGACGUGCCUUUGCCGGAGCUACAACAUUGAACAAUCAUAUUCGGACACAUACAGGGGAAAAACCAUUUAAGUGCGAGAAAUGUGAUCGGAGCUUCACACAAGCCACGCAGCUGAGCCGCCACCAACGGAUGCCCAACGAGUGCAAACCAAUAACAGAAAGCACAGAAUCAAUUGAAGUGGAUUAACUGAUUGACUGGCUGGAAUUAAACUGCAAGGAAAGUCAUGAUUAAAUGUCACGGACACUUAAGCAAAACCAAAGAUUUCCUCUGAGCAACUUUCAAUCAGCCCCAGAAAACCAAAAAAAAACAGUAAUAAAAUAAGUAAGAUGUUAAAAGAUAUUGAUCUUGGCAUGGGAGAGAGAGAGAAACCAACCAAGAAAAAACAGAUUAUUUAUUUAUGAUUAGAGAUACGAAUCAUAUCAAUGGACCAAGUCAAAACGAUGGGAGACUUGCAGAGAUUCUUAUGCCCAGAAUAUAUUACAUUUCUAAGAACCUUUUAAUUGUUAUUUAAUACCAAAGUGAGAAAAAAUAUUAAUCAGUGGGUUCAGUAACCUGCAAUUGUGACUGAGAAUGCACAUUGUUUUAUUGCACCUUUUUAAGCAUGACUUUAGGGACACAGAUCUUUUAUCCUUUUUUCCCCCCAACGGUGAUGUCUACAAGAAGAGCAAGAAAUUGCAUUUUGAAUCGCAGAUUUAUUGUAAAAUGCAAAGGUGCCAUUUUCUUCCUGGAUUAAGACUCCAUACAAUUCAGUAUUACUGACUUUACAAAAAUGAAAUAUACAAUUUGUUUAUCUUGCCCGUUCAAUCGUUCAAAAUGUAAAACUGCAUCAAAGCAAUGUUAAAUGUAAAUGUAUUGCUGCAGUACAGCUGGCAACAUGUCUGUCAGCAGAGCUAUGAAAGCCAAUGCAUCUAAGUAAGUUUGAACAAAUAUUUGUCCAUAAACUCUCAGGCAGAAUAAUAAUUCAGCCUAAAUUUGGGCUGAUGGUGAAAUGCUUCUUUUGAUUACAUUCUCUCCUGCAUGAUUAAUUCUUUGAAACACACCUAUUACUUUAAGCACUAAAAUUAAUGUAAAAUAAUGGGAAAGGUCUAUGUUAAACUCACAAUUUGGCAGAAAUACAUCAUAUAUGUAGGGAUAAGCCAUAAGCGGGUUUGUAAUCCGACAUCCUCUCAUACCGUCCAAACACAAAAGCCUGGCUAUGUUUUCAUGUUCUAACAGAACAGUUACAAUCAUCUAAAAGGGAAUGAAAUUUGAUGAAUCAGAUAACUGGUAUAAGUCUGCUUCUCGUGCUGAAGUUGAUGCUUGUGUGGGUGGGGAACUAAAUUACACAGACUGGUCACUCUGGUUUCAUCUGUAAGUCAGAUAUACAUAACACACUGGUGUAGGAGAAAACUUGUGGUUCUGUCACAUCAUUCCUUAUCAAACUUUUGCAGCAUAACUGCAUUCAGAGAGAAUAUAUUGAGUAACAUUAUGAAUAUUUAAGAAUCAUUAGGGUGUACAUAACAUUAUGCAGAAAGAUGCAAUUCAUCCAUUAAUGUUAUCCACCAUUAAACUCAAACUUAAUUACAUUCAUUACAUUACAUCAACUACAUUACUUGAAUGGGCCAUAUACACAUCAAAAUGGUUACACAUCUACGAAUAUGGAACUUCCAUUUACUUCCAGUUAUUCUGUUGGACUCAGCAGCCUGUACACAAUUUAAUCACAACAAUUUAUAGAGGAAUUAAAAUUGUGAAUGUUAUAUUCUGAAUACUUGAUAUUAAGAUGCAUAAAGGCACACAUCAGAGUUCUUGAAUUACCUCUGCACUGGCCACAUGUUUUGGACUAUAUCAUUUUUACAUAACCAUUGAGCAAUAUUGUAUAACUGAGGACACUCCAUGUUGGAAUAAAAGCUGGAUGAGGUUUUAAAAUCA